UCAACGCCACUGUGUCGGAACCAAAAUGACGGAUACGGUCCCGAUCCUGGAACUACUUCAUUGAUACAUACCGGGGCCAAUGCAUAGUUGCUGGAGAAGAGCGGCUUUGGGUAUUCAGCAGACUCUCCGGUAGAACAACGGUCGUCCAGUCUGUUUCUCACCGAAAGCAUGCUCAUUCCUAAGCAUGUUCGUCAGUGUACAAGUCUUAUUGCGACGGUAGCAUCGCGAUAAAUGAAGAGGCCCGAGAAGAUGAUAGCAUAUAAACGUGGUCUAACAUGGCCCCAUCACUAGGUAUUUCUCCCAGCAGUAUUCCUCGCGAAAAUCUACACAACUACUUCUCCUUCAGCCAUGUCAUCAUUCGACGGGCAAGCUUCUCUGCCCAGCCCACCACCAUCAGAGCCCGAGGUGCACACAUCUUUUCGGCCGGCGAUAGCAACUAUCAGUGUUGGAGCUCCAGAUAUACAUCCAUUAAAGAAGAAACUGGACGUCAUUUCGACCAACGGUUUUUCUGGAAUCGAGCUAUUCUAUGAUGAUUUACACCAAGUCGCGAAAGAACUGCAACGCCGCGACAGCAGGACGCCAGUCGACACAUCGCAGCAGGAUAACAAUACGACAGACUAUUAUGACAUAAAGGCCGCUUUCCAAAUCAAAAAUAUGUGUGAGCAGCGUGGCCUUCAGAUAGUCAGCCUUCAGCCUUUUCGAAAUUACGAAGGACUUCUCUGCAAGGAUGAACAAGCCAGAAGAAUAAAGGAGCUACAACAUUGGACAAAACUAGCCACGAUUCUGGGAAAUGACGUCUUCAUACUGAUUCCGUCCUCUUUCUUGGGGAAAGAUGAAGCAGCUGGGGAUAAAGAGCGUCUGGUCGAAGACCUAACCCUUGCCGCCGAAAUUGCGCAUCCGGUACGCCUCGCGUACGAGGCGUUGGCAUGGGGCACGCAUGUGAAUAGAUGGGAAGAGUCCUGGGAUAUUGUCCAGCGGGUUAAUCGAAAGAACUUUGGCAUCUGCUUCGACACGUUCAACAUCGCUGCCGGUGUCUGGGCGGACCCAACGACAGUUUCAGGUCGCUCAUCGGAAGAAGCGGACCAAAUGCUCCAACAAUCAUUACAACGACUCAUGAGCGAUGUUGAUCCAGAUCGUGUCUUCUGCAUCCAGUUAGCCGACGGGGAGCGGGUCGAUCCGUCUGCUGCAUUUCUCCACAUCCCAAACCAACCAACUUUGUUAGGCUGGUCGCGAAAUUCCAGGCUCUUUCCCUUUGAGGAAGACAGAGGUGGUUAUCUUCCGAUACUUGAGAUUGCUCGAGCUGUGACAUCUGGUAUCGGUUUCAGUGGCUGGGUAAGCAUGGAGAUAUUCUCGAGAACCACCAGAGAUGAUAGUCCUAUGGUUCCUUCAGAGCACGCUGCGCGAGCUGCGAGCUCUUGGGAUAAAACGAUCAAGUCGCUUGAAGAGACAAGCCUCCGCAAAUGUCCAUAGUACCAGAACACAGACAGUAUCCUCAGUAGAAACCUUGAAUAGUAGCUAUCUUUCUUUUUAUUAUUAUUUUUCUAUUUAUUUUUUCUCUUUUCAGCCGUAGUCUCCGAUGCCAGUGUAAAUCGACGUCUCAAUAAUCAAGUGAGAUUCCCGUUCCCAGCGCAUGAUAGCUCUACAAAGACGACCCACGCUCUUCUAUUAUUACGGAGAUCUACCAGCAUCUAGUCUCUUUGAGGGGCCAGUCGCAGGAAUGCAGGAAUGAAUGAGAUAGAUUCGGAACGACAUAUCGAUCCAGCUUCGCCACACAUGAGGCUCGCCGGG